AUGUCAGAUUUUUUUUUUUUAAAUUAAUUUAUUAAUUUUAAACUUCACUUUUAAGAAACCUAAAGUUUAGUAAUAAUGUACUUGAAAUUAUCGUUUAGCAGAUUCCCUUCUAAAAUUGGAGUUUCCAAAUGCUUGAAACUUUUACAGGCAAUUUUUCUCACCUUUCUUUUUUAAUUUUCUUAAAGUAUUCUAAAAUUGUAGACGACAGGAAUUUCUAAUAAUGAAAAUUAUAUACAGUUAUUCUCUACUAGCUUAUGUUCAGAAAAUUUGUUUAUCCAGCUAUAUUUUAACCUUAAUUCUUGUUGUUACUUUUGCUCCGUUGUAAUCAAUCAACCAUAUAUAUUGUACUUAUCUCCGAAAUAUGUAGAUCAUAAGAUUCUCAAACUGAAGUUCUGGCAAAUGCUGGUGGUUACAGAGUCACCCCAUCCGUGAUUGCUUUUUUAAAUGAAACUGAAAAGGUUGUGGGAUUAGAUGCAAAACAAGCCAUGCACAAAAAUGCAGCUAAUACUAUAACAGAUAUAAAGGAUCUUUUACAGAACAAUGGUGAAACUGAUGUUAACGACUUUGAAUUAAAAUCACCACAUAAGCUAAAUGGAAAAAAUGGAACUAAGCUGGACUUAGAAAAAAAUAUUUCUCUACAGUAUUCAAUUUCUGAAAUUUUAACUAUUUUGUUCACAGCAAUGAAAGAAAUUGCUCGCAGUCAUAGUCAUGAAGAUGUUUAUCCAACUGUCUUAACUGUACCCAUAAGUUUUACAUCUACACAACGUCAGCAAGUGAAGAAGGCUGCUACUGAUGCAGGAUUUCAGCUUUUAAGAAUUAUCAAUGAACCAGCUGCAGCUGCUCUAGCAUAUGGUAUUGGUCAAGAGUCAAAUGAUUCCAACAGUAAAUGUUUAGUAUUUCGCAUGGGUGGAACAUCCUUAGAUGUAACAGUUCUUCAAGUUUCAAAUGGCAUGUACACUGUCCUCUCAACAGUGCAAAAAAAGAAUUUUGGAGGUCAUCAUAUAACUGAUGCUAUUGUCAAUUUCUGCUCUAGUGAAUUUCAAAGGCAAUAUAAAGUAGAUAUAAAAGAAAAUAAACGGUCUUUAAUGAAAUUACGUUCAGCUGCUGAACAUUAUAAACAUGUUGUUCAUAGUUCCAUAAAUGAGAGGUGCCAAGCGGAAUCAGUAUACGAUGGAAUAGACCUUAAUAUUAGUAUAAGCAAGUAA